AUUUUCAUCACUCCCACUUCACACUUCACCCCCAAUUCUUCACAAACCCAUUCAAUUCGAUUCCUCUUCAACAUUUUCCUCUAGGGUUUCAAACUCCCAAUUCUCUGGUGUUCAUUCAGUAACUGAACGCAUGAAAUGAAGCGGGUGUUCGACGAAAUCUCCGACGAGGAAUGGUCAAAUCAUUCGUUCAAAUCCUCUAAAGUUUUUCAACCGCCACCCCCUAUCGAAUCAUUUGUUUACAACAAGUCAUCAGCUAAACCCUCGAAGUCAAACUCCAAUUCCUCAGAUGAUUCCAUUGAAAUUCUUGAAGCCAAUUGGACGGAAAAGUUGGAGGACAGUGAUGCUGAAGAUAAUUUAAGGGGAAUUCGGCCACAAGCGAAUCGUGGGCGUCGAUUUGUGAUUGAGGAUGAUGAGGAGGAAAGCGACGGUUGUGAUUUUGAGCGAGUGAUUGAAGUGAAAUCUGAAGAAGAGGAGGAGGAAGUUGUGGAGGAGGUGGAGGAGGAGGGGGAUGUGGUUGGAAAGGCCUUGCAGAAGUGCGCCAAGAUAUCGGAAGAGCUGAGGAAAGAGCUGUAUGGUUCGGCAGUGGCGGCUUGUGAUCGGUACGCUGAAGUCGAAGCUUCUUCAGUUAAAAUUGUUACUCAGGAGGAUGUUUGUGUGGCAUGUGGGGCAGAGGAUUCAGGAUUUCAGCCUGUUCUUAAACCAUAUCAACUUGUUGGUGUCAACUUUUUGCUUCUUUUGUAUAGAAAGAAAAUUGGGGGAGGUACUUGAAGUGCGCACAACUAUUUAUGUUGCAUAUGCAUAUCUUAUCUUUAUUUUAAUGUAAAAGCAUUUAGGGUUAAUACCAAGUGACUUCCCUUUCUAUUGGUAUAAUAACAAG